CUAGGCCUGCAGGCUGCUUCUACAAAUAUUUGUGAAAGAAUGGGUCUCCGGAGCUCAGUGAAUUCAAGUGUGGUACCAUGAUAAGUUGCCACAUGUGCAAUAAGUCCAUCUGUGAAAUUUCCUUGCUGCUAAAUAUUCCACAGUCAACUGUUAGUGGUAUUAUAACAAAGUGGAAGCAACUGGAAACAACAGCAAUUCAGCCCACCACUGCACUCCAGAGCAGUGAAGACGUGUUCUCUGGAAUGACAAAUCAGGCUUCUCUGUCUGGAAAUCUGGUGGACAUAUUUGGGUUUGGUGGUUGCCAGUAGAAUGGUACUUGCCUGACUGCAUUGUGCCAAGUGUAA